AUAAAAAGCAAUCAAAUCUUUCCCGAAAGAAAAAGAAAAUAUUUUCCCAGGAAGAAAGGAAAUCCCAGUUUUAAUGGAGGACUGCAUGAGACUCAGCAUGAGAAAGCUCGCCCUUUGGUACACAAAAACCUUCAAACCCCUAAUGACCCACGACGAGCUCGACCCCAUCAUGGCUACCAUGGGCUUCGUCGGCCUUCCGCCGAUCCAGGGAAGUUCUUCCGCCGUCGCCUGGAAGGAGUACGUCUACAUGGCGGCGUCCCCCGGUGGUUCGUGGCGGUCCAAGUCUUCGACUUGCUUCGGUGCAACGCCGGGUGGUGGUGGCUGUGAACAGCCGCCUAGACCGAGGUUGCCUUACCCCAGGAUCGAUGGGCUCCACAUUUACACCUACCGUGCUUUCCUCGACGCCGUUAACUUUUAUCUCGACAUGUGCGACAUUUCUGAACUCUUCCACGUUAGGGGAAUGCCGCUGAACCGGAGCCACGACCGGACCCGGAAAUGGCGGUGCAUGGAGGAAGACGACGGCGUGUUUGUGUACAGGGAAGGGACACUGGAACAAACGACGUACAACGUGUAUCACUUCAACAAGGUGAACAACACCGCCACCGGCAGCGGCGGUGUCAUUCGAGACAAAGGAAACAGCAACAACAAUAACGUUCCUGUUAGCUGCUUUGUUCAAUUGAAGGAUAUUAUAGUAUGA